AUGUCGGACGUGUUCGACGCGUACGAGAGGGAGUUUAGCGAUGUUGUGGCGGGCGUGGCGAAGAAGCGCGACGCGCUUGCGCAGCUCGUGGGCGACGCGCGCAGCGCCAGGCUGCGUGACGCGGAGAACGGCAUCGCGGAGGCCGAGGACCUCCUCCGUCGCAUGGAGCUCGAGGCCAGGAGCGUGCCGUCCGCGCAGAAGCAGGAGCUCUUCGCGAAGGUGCAGGACUUCCGGUCGAGCCUCGCGCGGCUCCGCGCCGACGUGCGCAAGGCGUCGCAGGGCGUCGCGGGCGGCGACGCGGCGCGGGCGGAGCUGGGGCUCGCCGACGAUUACUACUCCACGGCUGCGGGGCAGCGGGAACGCCUGCUGCAGACGACCGCGGUGAUGAACCAGACGAGCGACCGGAUCCGGCAGGGCCGGCAGCAGCUGCUGGAGACGGAGGACCUCGGCACGGCGAUCCUGCAGGACCUGCACCGGCAGCGCGGGACGAUCCUGUCCACGCGCGACGCCCUCGGGUCCGUGGACGACUCCAUCUCCCGCUCCCGCAAGAUCCUCCAGUCGAUGGGCAAGCGCAUCAUCGCGAACAAGCUGAUCUUCUACGGCAUCAUCGGCGGCCUGGCGGGCGCCAUCCUGCUCAUCGUCUACUACCGCAUCCUCAACUGA